UCUUAAAGAUAAACGAUGAAACGGCUGUUGGCUUUUACGAAACGUCUUAAGUUUCCCGGCAAGUGUGCAAAACAGCUGAAAGCAUGACUUCACUUGAGCUGGAAAACUACCGUCUUUCAGAUGCAUUUCAUACCUCGUUACCUUCGGAACUGUGGUUGGCUAUUUUAAAGAACUUAAAUCCUGUUUCCGACGAUCUCUUAUCUCUAAGUUUAGUAUGUAAGAAGUGGCGAGAACUUAUCUUUUCAAACCCCGAUCCUGCUCUUUGGCAAAACAUUACACUGGCGAAUUUCAGAAACUGCAGCUACGAGAACUUAACCCUCGUGAGGUUCCGAAACAUUCUUAAAAGAUUUGGGUAUCUUUUGAAAGUCAUUCGACUACAGAAAUGCCACGAAUUGUUCACUGAGAUGCUGCUCGCUCAUGUUUCUUCUCUGACAGCUUUGACUAGCCUUGAAAUAACUGGAAUGGUGUGGUCGAAAAAGCUACUCAGAAUGUUAAGAUGUCCAAAAUCCCUCAGGAAUGUAUUUUUGGAGGCCUCCUUAACAUCAGAUGGGCUCUUCAACCAUGAUGAUUUGCAGUACACAGUAGAAAAUUUUCCACAAGUGAAAAACUUUGGCUUGCAAUUUUCAGUUAUCAAGGCAGAUUCUGUAGCCACAAUUAAAGGUGUUGUGUCUUCCAAGUACAGUCACCACAUAACUUGUCUUUUGCUGGAAAGGGUAAAAAUGGAGUGUACCGAUCUGCAAGAUGCGGUGAAGAAAUUAAAAGGACUGAGAAAAUUUGGUUAUGGCAGUGAUCAAAUUUAUGGUCUUCCAUCUCGGCAUCUUCUGCAGUUAAACUCUAAAUCAUUGCAGGAAGUUGAGCUUUUCCAAGUAGGGGAUUUUUCAAAGUUUCAUCUUGUAUUUCCAUGCCUGAAAAAACUAACCAUGAAUGCAUGCACAUCUGUUGGGGAACUGAACAUUGAGGCACCAGGGUUAAGAACUCUGUAUCUCUCACUAUGUGUUGAAGUGCACAACUUCAGAGGAAUUUCAGCAAGCUUCUUGCAUGAGAUGAAAGUCAGAAGAUGCCAUGCACUCAUCCAGGCUGAACUUAUUGGUCUCUUGAUAAAAAAUCCAGAUAUCAAGGUGUUAGAGCUUGAGGUGUACUGGCCAACUUUACGACUUGAUCAAAUUUCUACUCCAUCACUUGAAAACAUUACUAUAUUUGAUAAUGGUGAGCGUUUGACAUCUGUUGAUGUCCGUUGUCCCAAACUUCAACAGCUCAUUAUCAAGAAGUCAAUGACAAGAUCAACCAUCUUGAAAGCGGUGUCAAUAUUGUCGCACAAUGUCAAAAAGGUUGUCCUAAAUGAUGUACCCUACCUUCAGAAAGUUUCAAAAAAUAGGAUAAUUAAAACCACCAUAUAA